CGGGAAGACCGCAGGGCGGGGGGGGCAACUGGUGACAGCUUUGAGGAGGCAGAGCCAUGCUGUACGCGUCCAACCCUGGAGGUGGAGUUAAGUAGGUCAACCCCAUUUAAGCCUCAGUGAGCAUCUCUCUGGCUGAGAUGAAACUUCUGUCAGUCUCCAGUAGGUCUGAUCUGCCUCUUUGUUGGCUACACAGUCUCCGAAGCCUGCCCAUUUACUUUGGAAACUGGACAGUGGUUUGGCUCCAGCAUCUAUGGCUGUUACUACCACUACUAGUUCAAGCACUGUGCUGUUUACUUCAAUAUCAAAUAUUUCUACCUCCACACCUGCUAUGGAGCUCUUAUUUGGUGCCCUAACAACUUCAGCUAGAACACUUGGUGGUGUAAUAUUGGAGUGUGGAUUAAGUUUCUCUGGAGUGGGUGGAGCAGCUUCUAAGACAUCUACUACAACUUCCACAACUACCAUCACCACUGUUACCACCAACACCGCUGCCACAAUCACCAGUGGCUUUAAUCUGAAUCUAAGAUCACUGACAUCAACUGCGAUUAGUAACACUGAUCUAGGCAGUGUUUCUUCUGUACCUCUUACUUCGACUGUUAAUUCAGUAGUAACUCCUGUGAUGACUUAUGGUCAGCUGGAUGGGCAGAUAAACAAGUGGAGCCUUGAGGUAGAGGAUCAAGAGAAACUCUUUACUCAGGCCACUCAGGUCAAUGCUUGGAAUCGUGCGGUGAUUGAGGAGAAUGGUGAGAAGGUCGCUGCUUUACCUAGCGAAGUGGAAACAGUGAAGCUCAAACAAAAAAGGUUGGGACAAGAAUUGUAUUUUAUCUUGUGUCAGAAGAAGGAAUUAGAAGAUGUACUGACUCCUGCAGAGGAGCCUGUGAAGGACAUGAGUGGGCCUGUCCAUCUGUUGCAUGCAGAUGAGAAGCGGGAGAGGAUGCAUGGGGCAAAAGAAGGUAGAAGAGGUAAAGGUUUUUGAAGAUUCAUCACAAGGAGCAGCUACAGACUAUGAAGAUUCCCUUCGAUUAAACGACUGUAUCUUUAGCAUAUUGUUUGGGGAUUAUUCAUUACCUAUUACUUUCUGAUGGUGUUAAAUAGAGUAGCAUUUACAGUUACUACUCAAUCUUUGGUUGAAAUAAAGUGUGCAUGCAUUUUUUCCACUCAGAUACUGUGCUAUUGCGAAUUAUACUGUAGUUUUGCUUUCAAAAUUAAAGUUACUACUAAAAUGUACUAUUUAAAAAGAGAGAAAGAGUUAGUGCCAGUUUUUGCUUGUUUGAUCCACAGAAUAUGUUCAAAAGCAACCAGCUGCUGACAGUGAUAGGAGUGGGGAGGAAGGAGUGGGUGGAGGACAGAUCCUUUUGUGCCUUUGUAAAUUUUGAACCUUACAUCAGUUACUCAAAUAAAUAUACUGUACUUGAUGUAAA